AUGACUGCUUUCCAGCAAAAAAUUUUAAACUUGAUCAAGUGUUUCAGAAGACAAUGGCCUUUAUUUUCAAACUCCGAAAGGACUACUGUAUGUGGAGCAGACUGCAUGCUGAUGGUGCUACAACUGUCAAUGGCCGAAGUCAAUAAAGAGCACCAUGGAGAUUUCACAGUAUCACUUAGUGAUGUGUUGGAAACUUGGAAAUAUUUGUUACAUGACAAACUGGGAUUAUCAUACGAAAACAUGAAAGAACCGGAAAAUUAUACUGACCUAAAAAAAGCCUAUCAUGCCUCCUUGGCAAGAAGCAGUAUGUUGGAUCUAAUAGAUGUGUAUCAGAAGUGCUGUGGACUUGGACUUCUAUCUGAAGAUGAAAGCCUAGCCCCUGUUCAACUAUUGGAAUUUAUUUCUGGCAUAAUGAAUGUACAAGAAAAUAAUGGUUCUCUUCCUGCUCCUUCUACACCACUAAAUAGACAGGGCCAGGAGGAUGUGAAGGUGGCAGUCCUGGCAAAAAAAUUUAUUUGUUCGUAUUUAAGCGUGUUGGUGAAUUCCAAGGAUGAUCUGGCAUUGGCUCAUAUUCUAAAUGUUCCUGACAGAGGACUUGGUAGAGAAGCCUUCACUAACCUAAAACAUGCCUCACAGAAGAGAAAAAUGUCAAUUUUCCUGAUAGCAACAUCUUUUAUCCGAACCAUAGAACUUGGAGGAAGAGGCUGUGCAUCUUCAUUAUUUGAUCCUUUAAAAAUCCAUGUAAAGGGGCUUUCAAACUUUGUUAAUUUUAUUGACAAGCUGCAAGAAAUUGUUGGGGAAAUCUCAAAUCCAAGAAUCGCAGGGGGGCGAAUUCUGUCAACAGUGAAGAUGCAUUUGAUAAAAGGCCGAAGCAAUGGGGAUCCUUUCUGUCAGGCAGUAGAGGAAGUUGUACAAGAUUUGGAUUUGAAGAUUAAAAAUAUUAUCGAUUCACAACAUGAAGUCUUGACUGCCAGCACUACUGGAGUUAGUCCAGCACGGCCAAAACUGCAUUCCAUAAAUCAUGGCACUGUGUAUUGUGGCAGAGAUACUGUAAAGGUCUUACUAUUUCUUCUGGAUGAAGAAGCUGUCAAUCCUCCUACCCAGAACAAAGCAGAACUAUUAUAUGAUGAUGAAUGCUUUCAUUUAUUUGGAAUCACCUCUGUUUUGACACUCUUCAGAUCUCCAGCACAAUCUCAUGGAUCUUCUCCAAAACCUCUCAGACAACGUAUUCAGAAAUCUAUGGAUGAAAAACAGAUUAAGAUUAGGCAAUCUUCAAUCAAAUCUCAGUUUGCAUGUACGUAUAAAAACGAGUUGAGAGAAAUAAAGGGUCAGCAACUCUUCAGCAGUAGCCAAAUUCCAACCUGCAUGCAUUCUGCACCAGAGCAACAUUCCGAAGCCGGGGAUCUCACAAAAGGUAUGAAUUCCUGUCUUGAUGUACCAGUGCCUGGAACUAUUUCUGAAAAUGUUCACCAGACUAGAAGUUAUACAGAAAUGGGAAAGCUGAGUUGUCAGCCAAGAAACAAGAACUCCAAGAAUGAACAGAUGGAUUUGAAUAAUGACAAAGUAAUCUGUGAUAAGGAAAGUGAACCAUCUUUGCAAAAAAAUGCUAAAAGACCUAAGACUUCAGACAACCCUCAGAAGGAAUUGGACAGUAAAAUCGGUAGAAAAAGAAAACAGAGCAAAACUGCGAGCAAGAAUAAGUUGAUUGCUGGUCAGGCAAAAUUAAGUCACUUUUUUCGACUAUAA